AUGUCAAAAAAUUUUUUAGUCAAUAUCAUAAUAUGGAUGCUACUUCAAAUAUUAAUUGAAGUAAAUAGUCAAAUGGUGCCCUUUAAACCAAUUGGAUAUUUCCAUCAUACUGCCACACUCAUUGAUAAUAAAUUGUAUAUUUUAGGUGGUAGGUUAGAAAAUGAAACAUCAGCAAAAGACUUUUUUUAUCUUGAUGUCUCCGUUCCAUUUAAUACUCAAGAAUUGUCAUGGCAAGACUUAUCAAAUAUUAAUAUGGUCCCGCCACAUGAUUCUGCAACAUCAGUUAAAGGUGGUGCGAAUAAUAAUACACUAUUUUUGUACGGAGGACAUACAACCGAUCAAAAUAUGGCAUUGGUUUAUACAUUUGAUUCACAAAGUAUUAUAUGGGAUAUUCCAAAAAUAACUGGAAUUAAUAUGACCAAAAAACGGGGUUUAAAAGGCAUUAUCGAUUAUAAUGGAAAAUUUUAUUUAUGGUCCGGAGAAUAUGAUGUUAACGGUACUUAUGUUAUAAAUGAUAUGCUUAUUUUAGAUACAUUAAAUCUUAAUUGUAAAAAAGGAAGUUUAGUUAAUGCACCAAUUCCGAGAAGUGAAUAUAGCGCUACCCUAUUACCCGAUAAUAAGAUUAUUUAUAUAGGUGGUGCGAAUGAAUCUUGUUUCUUUGGAACAACUCUAAAUAUUGAAAUAGGUGUCGCUUUAACAUUAAGUGAGAUCUAUAUAUAUGAUACAGCUAACGACAGUUGGAAUACAAAAAUAACAUCAGGAAAAAUUCCUUCUAACAGAGCGGGGUUUUCCGCAAUUCUUGGUUUAGAUGGCCAAAGAGUCAUAAUUUAUGGAGGAUAUUUUAGCAAUCCUGGAUAUUUAGAUACUACACUUUAUGUAUUAGAUUUAACUAAUUUUAAUUGGUAUGUUCCGAAAAUUUCUGGAAAAAUUCCAAAACCUAGAGUAUUUCAUGAAGCAAAUUUAAUUGGAAAAUAUAUGGUUAUAUCAUUUGGGUAUGGUUAUGAUAGAACAGUUGAAAGUGAUAUAUUAUUACUUGACAUUAGCAACAAUGAAGAAUAUGUAUGGACGACAUCAUUUGAUCCUUCAGUUCCAAAAAAUAUCAUACCAUCCCCGUCACCAACUUCAUCGCCCAUCCCUUCUCGAUCAUUGCCACCAUCAUCACAAUUAUCCGAUAAUUCAUCAAAUAAUUCUAAUAUUAAUAUAGUUGGUGCAAUUGUAGGAUCUUUGUUAAGUGGCAUUAUUUUCUUAAUAAUUGGAUGUUUCUUUUUAUACAAAUGGAAUAAAAACAAACAAAACAAAAAAAUUAUUUAUGGAAAUGAUAAUAAUUACAAUAAUUACAGGCAAGAAGAAAAGGAAAUUCCUACUGAAAGAGAUUAUGAGCAAGCAAUUAAUAAUGAACAAAACAUUAUUCAAAUAAAUGACAAUGAACCAACUAAUGAUUAUCAUGGGCAAGAAAUUAUUCUAACCCCCGAUGAAUCAAUGAUAAUUCCAGCUAAUGAUCAUGAACAAACGUAUAAAAAUGAAUCUACAACUAAUCAUGAACCAAUAAUUCCGGAAUCAUUUAAUAAUAAUUAUAAUGGUGAAAGGUUCUCAUUACAAGCUUUUAAAGAUGAAAUGCUCCAAGCUGUCAAACAAGAAAAUCAAAACUUGAGAAAUGAAAUUCUUCAAGUUGUUAAAGAGAAUUAUAACAAAUAA